UCUCAUUUUUACCGGCGAGAUGAGUUUGUCAACGAAAUUGAGUUGAUUGUUAUGGUUCAAUUUAGCUUUUUUAUAAAUCAAGAUGUCAGCAUCGGAAGGGAGAUCAGGUAGAACGGGAGAGAGAGCUCCACUACUGAGCGAUGCCAACCAACGAAGGCUCCGUCAAGUUGGGACUCCAAGUUCUCUACAAUUACAAUACUCAUCAAGCGGGGAGGAAAUGGCCAAAUCCAGUGAUGGACUCCGAUGUCGUAGAACCAUGUCUUGGAAUGAUUCAACAGCGAAUGCUCCAGAAGAAAUUGGUACAACCCACUUUUUGUCAGCCAAGUAUGAGAGCCUUGAUUAUGAUGAUGCUGAGAACUGGCUGUACCUCAAAGAAGAGAGACGUGUGGGAUUAGAGGUGAAGAAGAUAAUGCGGAUUCAUCUUGCUCGUUGGUUUGUGAUGUUCUUAAUUGGGAUCUUAACGGCCAUGGUAGCAGCAGCCAUUGAUAUUCUGAUUAGUCUUCUAGCAGGAUGGAAGUACAGAGUUGUUUCCACUUAUAUAUCGAUGAAUAUUGAUGGUGCUAAUGCAGUUAAACCAUUCCUUGUCUGGCUAGCCAUCGAUACCUUCUUUGUACUCAUCGCUGCUGUGCUAGUGGUCUUUGGAGAGCCAGUAGCAGCAGGUAGUGGCAUACCACAGAUUAAGUGCUAUCUCAAUGGUGUGAAGGUACCUCAUGUAGUCCGCUUCAAAACACUGCUGUGUAAAAUGUUUGGGGUCAUAUUCGCCGUGUCUGGAGGCCUCUCAGUGGGAAAGGAAGGUCCAAUGAUUCACUCGGGGUCAGUCAUAGCAGCUGGCGUAUCACAAGGAAGAUCCACUACAUUCCGACAGGAUUGUAAAUUAUUUAAAUACUUUCGGACGGACCAUGAGAAACGAGAUUUUGUCUCUGGUGGAGCUGCAGCAGGUGUGGCCGCUGCCUUUGGUGCCCCUGUGGGCGGAGUCCUAUUUGCAUUAGAGGAAGGGGCUAGUUUCUGGAAUCAGUCUCUGACUUGGAGAAUAUUCUUUGCGUCGAUGAUCUCUACAUUCACCUUGAAUGUUCUACUCAGUUUCUGGCAUCAGGAACCAUGGAACCUAUCCAAUCCUGGCCUCAUCAACUUUGGCCAGUUUGAGGGUGUAAUGUACCUCAGCUAUGAGAUCCCAGUGUUCUUAUUAAUGGGAGUAUUUGGUGGAUUAACUGGUGCAUUGUUCAAUGCAGUCAAUUAUAGAUUGUCCAUCUUCAGACUAAAGUAUGUUUACUCCAGAGCUGUUUGUGUGAUGGAGGCCCUCAUUGUUGCAUCGGUUACCGUCACAUUAUCCUUUCUGUGUAUUUACUUAAGCGAUGACUGCAAGCCCAUAGUCAGCAACAUGAAGAAUUCCUUACAGAUGUUUUGCCAUGAUGGUGAGUACAGUGCUUCAGCCUCAUUAUUCUUCAAUACACCAGAGGAGUCUGUUAAGAGUUUAUUCCAUACUGCUCCAGGUACCUAUGGUAUAGAUACUCUGGGCAUAUUUUGCGCGGUCUAUUUCCUGUUAGCGUGUUGGACGUACGGUCUGAGCGUGCCCAGUGGACUAUUCCUUCCGUCGUUGCUUGCUGGGGCAGCGUGGGGACGACUUAUCGGAACGGGAAUGCACGACGCUUUCCCUCAAGCUACAUUAUCCACUCCUGGCAUUUACGCAUUUUUCGGAGCAGCAGCUCAACUUGGUGGCAUAGUGCGUAUGACAAUCAGUUUGACUGUGAUCCUAAUGGAAGCCACUGGUAAUAUCAACCUCGGCUUACCAUUGAUGCUUAUCAUGGUGCUUGCCAAGUGGGUUGGUGAUAUCUUUAAUCAUGGUCUGUAUGAUAUUCACAUUGAGCUGCAAAGUGUCCCACUAUUGAACUGGGAUCCCCCUCCAUUAUCAACAAACAUCCAUGCAAUGGAAGUCAUGGCGCAUCCAGUCACUACAUUCAAUGUUAUAGAACGUGUUGGUCGAAUCCUCGAAGUUUUAAAAGACACCAAGUCAAAUCACAACGGCUUUCCAGUAGUUGACCCUUAUGUUCCAGACAGCAUGACAUUUGGUGUUUUCAGAGGUACAAUCCUGAGGUCACAACUUAUUGUCCUUCUGAAAAAUAAAGCAUUCAGUGUCUGGCCAAGCGGGAAUGAUCCUGGAGUGAGUCUCGACAUCGAACAGUUUCGAGAUGAUUAUCCUCGGUACCCAGACAUCAGGAAAGUGCAUAUAACGGAGUUAGAGAAAGACUGUAUGAUAGAUCUCAGGCAGUUCAUGAACCCCUCACCUUACACCGUAUCAAAGAAAGCUUCUCUUCCCAGGAUUUUCCGUCUUUUUAGAGCGUUGGGUCUUCGUCAUUUAGUCGUUAUUGAUGAUGCUAAUCGGGUGAUAGGAAUUGUGACACGUAAAGAUCUUGCAAGAUACAGAUUCUGGUCAAAGAGUGGUAAGAUUGGAAUUCGUGAGCUAAGUAUCUCCAAUUAAUCUGACAUAAUGGCUCCAAAUCACCAAGGGCCCACAUCUACAUCAGUUUUAUUUAAUAACACAAAUUCAUUGUACAACUCUUCAACAUAUCCAAGUGGGCGUUGAGAUUUUUAACAUUUGGUGAAACUUUUCAAGACCUUCGCACCAAAAUGGAUUAAUUCCAAACAUCCCAGCCAUUCAGAAUGCGUCACUAUUAUUGGUUUGAAUUUCUAGCUUUAGUUGGUCGCCAGCCACGAUGAAUUCAGAAUGAAAAGCACGCCCUCUGUCGGGUACUCACGUUACGAGUUUGAGAUAGUAAUGCCUUGGACCAAGACUUAAGCUAGCCUGGCAUUGAGCCCUUUGAAAAUGUAGCCUGGCAUUGGGUCAAUGGAAAAUGUAGCCUGGCACUGACCUUGUAAAAUGUAGCCUGGCAUUGAGCCUAGGCAAAAGGUAGCCUGGUAUUGAGCCCUUUGAAAAGGAAGCCUGGCAUUGAGCCAUUGAAAAAGGUAGCCUGGCACUGACCUUGUACAAGGUAGCCUGGCAUUGAGCCAUUGAAAAAGAUAGCCUGGCAUUGAGCCCUCGCGAAAAAGUAGCCUAGCAUGUGCAGUGGAAAUGUCUUUGUGCCAAACAUUAAAUAAAUUGCUGAAAAUAUGUUUUAAAUUAAUCGUCUGAGAGAGUAUGUAUCACACCUUGAAAAUGUUUUGUAUUCUUGCAUGUCUUGUUGAGAAGUUUACAAUCAGACGCUCUGCUCAGCGUGUACAAAAGUAGAAACAUUGGCUGUUUGUUCUACAUGUAGACAGUUCCAACUCCACCAAUGUGAUUAAUCAUAAAUCUAGAUUAUAAAUAGUCACACAUUAUACCAAAGCUUAAAAUCAAUUCUUGCACAAAAAUAAUUGGAAAACCAAAAAGUUUUUAAAAUUUUGUAUCAAGUGUAAUACUGUUUUAUCAAGAUGGCAUUUUAAUGUUUUAAAAGUCAAGUUUGUUUGGAUAUUAUUUGAAAGUGAGUAGCAGCAAAGAAUGCUGUUACUCGCUAAAAAUGAAGUUAAGAUUUGGAAGUGAAGCAAGGAAUGCAUAGUGUCAAGAAAAUGGAGACUUGCAAGAAAUGUCUUCCUUUUCCCAUGUUGGAUAUCUUCAAAUAUUUUGGCAUAUGAAGUACCUUUAGUCCUUAUGCAUUGACAUAGCGUUUUGUAGGGGAAAAAGGCUGUUUAAACCCCUCACAUGCACCCUUUAUUUUUGUGAUAACUUGAUCAUAAAUGUACACAUUAAUUUGUGUACUCAUUUCUUUUGCCAAUGGCGACCCCACUCAUAGGUCACAUUAGCACUUAAAGAAUUCUGUUUUCCAUAUGAAAACUGUGUGGUCUUUUUUUCCCAAUUUUACAACUAUUUUUCUGAAGGGAUGUAAAUCGGUCGCUAUUGACUGUCCGGCGCGUGAAAAAGUUAAAUGGUGAGAAUGCGCGAAUACAUUUUUUUUAUACACAGUGCGCGAGCCAAUGAGCAUCGUUCUUUGAACCUCCCUAUUAUGCGUAAGGUCUAUCUGUAGUCAUAGCCUCUCUCUAUUUUUAUGCAGUAUAUAUAUUGAUCUAUCUGUUUUAAUGACCUGCCUUUUAAUGCUGCAUGUAUAAAUGACUUUUCUCUACUUAAACAUGAAGUUUAUUUACUGCUAGCUCUUUUUGUACAGCUGGUAGUGCUUCUAAAAAAAAGUAUACUGGCCAUUUAUAAGCAUUUACAAUAUAUUUAUUAAGGUUGCACUAUAUACAUAUAGAAAUGCUAUACUUCUGUUUUACUGUACAUUGUUUUAAACUAAAAGACUUACAUUUUAUAAUCACCCCAAAUGAGGAAACUGUCCUGAACAUGCUCAUUUUGUACAGUGUUUAAGUUUUUAAUGGCACAACUCAAGAGCAAAAUAUUAAAUCAGCUGAACCUCAGAGAAGUUUCAUGCCUGCACUAACAAAACAUUACUUGCAGGGCGCGCACAGGUCCAAUUAUUUUUGGGACCUUGGGCUUCCAUGUACAUUACUCAACUCACACACUAUUGGUGCACUCUCCUUCUAAACUGGUCACACAUUCAGCAACUUUCACUGCUUGCUCAUAUUAAUUGCAAUCUUAAUGUAGAUUUUCUUUAUUCAAGUUAUUAUUUAAAACUUUGCAUGGUGGGAGAAUGACCUGCCCUACAACAUGGCGUCUGUAAGCUUGUGUGCUAUAGAAAUCAAACAAAGAGCGCUGCUGCAUGCUGCAUGCUGCAUGGUUCAUUGAUAUACGCGUUUAUACGCGCAUACGGUUUUGCCCUACAAGAUGGUGACUUUCAUAGCAACAAAGGGGUUAUUCAAUAUGGUCUAUUGCAGAACUUUGAAAGUAUUUUUAAGAGUGCUUUUAAGAUUUACUUAUAACUAAGUGAUCCAUUUUAAUUUGUAUCAUUAUAAUUUAUAUAUUUUGCAAUUAAAGAAAAAUAAUGUUAA